AUGUUGUACAGGAAAUUCUCGUUAGCGGGUAGGAGGAACGGCAUUCCACUUCCACCUGGACCUCCCCCCUGUUGGUUCUGGAGCAACGCUCUGCCUGCUGUCAACAUCGCUCAUGCGCUAACCGACUUGGUUCGAGAGUAUGGACCAGUGGUAUCGUUCCGACAAGGUAGCCAAGUAAUAAUUGUUAUCGGCAGCGUUGAGGCAGCCAUGGAUAUCAUGGAGAAAGAAGGUGGAUCACUGGUAGAUCGUCCUCGGUCUAUCGCCGCGGGCGAGAUGCUCUCAAGGGGGAUGCGUCUUCUCAUGGCUCGUUCGGGAGAUCGCUUCCGGCGCCUGCGAAAAGUGAUACAUACCCAUCUCCAACCGAAGGCGGCAGAGACAUACCAAGAUAUGCAGCGCGAGAAUGCGAAGAAUUUUAUAUUGGAUAUCCUGAAUGACCCAAAUAACCACCGGGAGCACACAGAACGGUAUGCCAUAUCAGUCAUUCUUCGGGUAACUUAUGGGAAGUCUGCGCCGACUGCCAACACCGAUCCUGAAGUGAUCCAUAUCCACAAAAUCCUCGAACAUUUCCAGGUCGCGAUGCGCCCAGGAGCUUAUCUCGUUGAUCGUGUGCCUUUUUGCGCUACUUGCCUGGUUACGGAAAACAACUUACCGAGUGGCAUCAUGAUGAACUACAGCUAUACAGACAACAACUGGGGCGCGUCAAGAGUGAAGCGGGGCCCCUCUUUUGCAAAGAUGCUCUUGGAACACGUCGAAGACCACCAACUCUCUACAGAUGAGAUGUCUUAUCUUGCCGGAUCGCUCUUUGGAGCGGGAUCUGAUACGGCAAACCGCUGUUGGAAUUACCGCUGCUAUCAUGGCUGCGGCGUGCCACCCCUGGCUCAGGCGAAGGUGCAUGAAGAACUCGAUAUGGUCAUCGGGUCAGACAGAGCACCGGCAUUUAAAGACUCCAAGCUCGCUUCCUCAGUUGCACGCGUUCUUGUUGGAAGCUUUGAGAUGGAGACCUGUCGUUCGUAUAGGCAAGAUUUCCCCCACCGUGCAACUAAGGAUAUCGUUUGGGUCAGUGCCUUGGAUUCAUGUGUGACCCGCAUUCUCAUUCUUUUCGUCUCCAAUCAGCAAGGAUAUUCCAUUCCAGAGGGUGCAACAGUCUAUGGGUGCCAUUGGGCUAUUUCUCGUGACCCUAUUGUCUUCCCGGAUCCUGAGACUUUCAAUCCCCAGCGCUGGCUUGAUUCAGAAGGCCGUCUGAAGGACAAUAUGAAGUUUAUCGUCUAUGGCUUUGGUAGACGUGUAUGUCCCGGCCUGCAACCUCGACAAAUCAGUCAAUGUGCAUCAACCUCGCACUUCUCUUCUGGUCUUUCCGCAUUGCUCAACGACCUGACGCUGCUCCGAUCAACACGCAUGCCUUCAGUGACGAUGGUUAUUUCUCAUGCAAAGCUAUUUGAAAUCGAUGUUAGUCCGAGGAUAUGAAGUGGCGAAUUGAGAGAGAUGAUGACGGAUGGGUGUAUGGGUUGAACACGCACAAGUGAUUGCCACUAGCGCAGUACUCUUGUCAACAAGGUUCUAUUCCAUUAUUAAUAAUUCUUUAUACACAAUGUCCGAUGUAGCGAGACCAUCAUCCUCGUCCUCAGAAAACAGGAUUGGCGAGUCAUCUCGCUGCUGACAGAGAGAAAGGGCUGUAUAGAAUUGAACCUGACAGAGGUGGAGAAUAGUCAAACCUGACAUGUUUCAGUCGCUACUAUCGAGACUUGAGAGCUGUUGUAUUGUUGAGAGGUGAUCCGUCAGAGCACCGAGCCGGUUCCAGAUAAAUAUAUCUAACUGU